AUAUUAUACACUUCAAGAUGCAAACUAUGAAUACAAAUUCGGCAGUGUGAUUACAUCUAGUUUCUUUAUGUUCGCGAUUGUAAGUGGGUGAUCUCGAAUAAGUAUAAAAGAGUCGUCAGUGAAUUAAAUCGAGUACAGGCUACCCGGUACUCAAAUGUCUAGUGCCUCCGAGAUGAAGGUGUUUGUGGUGUUGUUAUGUGGAAUAGCCGGCGCAGUGGCCAGCAGUGCGGUGGCGUGGCCUGGUGGUAUACCACUAUCGGUACCAUACCACUCGGCGCAAAUAAGGACGGUCAUACCACCACAGAUUAAAGGAUUUGCAUACUCUACUAGCCAGUAUAUUAAUGCUGUUCCAGCACAAGGUUACCGGCCACAGUUUGGAUAUCAAAUAUCUUAUCCGGGAUAUCCAACCUACUCACCAACUCUAGCAGCUUCAUACUACCCUUCCAAUAGUAUUUUCUAUCCUUCUCCGUCGCCUGUCGCUCCAGCUGCACCUGCGCCGAUCGGCCCGAUAACCCCAGCACAGCCAGCACAAGGCUCGCCAUCAGAACAACCAGCAGGCGAUGAAGAUUCAGCAGUCAUUGAAUCUGCAGACGCGUCGUCUAAUCAACAACAAUCUUCAAGCGAAUCGCAAUCACAACCUCAGCCCCAAUACCCAGCAAGUAGUACACCUUCAUUUCCUCAAUCAUCCUUAGACUCUAAAAAUAUGCCUGGAGUGCCCCAAAUACCUCAGCUGAACCCAUCAUUCCUUCAAUUUUUACCGCCUGGUACCAGUUACCCACAAUUACCUCAGUUCACUCAGCUACCACAAUUCCCCCAACAGGCUCCUCAAUUCCCACAGCUUCCUCAAAUUCCACAACUGCCGCAAUUUCCACAGUUCCCACAGCAGGCUCCUGAAUUUCCACAGCUUCCCCAACUACCGCAGCUGCCACAGUUCCCCCAGCAGGCCCCUGAAUUCCCACAGCUCCCUCAAAUUCCACAGCUGCCGCAGUUUCCUCCGCAACCACAGUUUCCUCAACUGCCACAGACACCAUCCAAUCCUUCCUUCCCUCCAACGCCAUCUGGCCCGUCUGACAAUAACGAUAAAGGCAGAAACGAUGAAGAUACAGUAUCUGUGGACGCUGCGUGAUUUAUCUUCAGUAACUAUUAGUGAAUAUUUAUACCGUAAAUAAGUUUACUCGAACACAAUAACAGUUUUAUGGUCAUUUUAAACCUUAAAUAAACAUUUUUCUACCUUUA